AAGUGGUUAUUUCUGGAGGCUUAUUGUGAAGAUGCUUUAUUUAAUAGUAUGUGUUGACCUGAAAUGAUUAAUCGACGAAGGCUUGGCCACUUGGAAGCUUCUUGAACGGGCUGACGAAUCUUCACCAGUGCAGUUGGGAUAGCCAAUCUUCUAGGCAGCCUGGAGUUACCUUGGUUUAAUGGCGUCUACCUUCCGAAGCAAGAAAAUGAAUUUGCUCACAAAAUUAUGGAGGAACUGGAAGCAUUUCUACAGAAGAGUGACGAGAAAACGGUACUUCUUUUUCCACCUCUUCCCAGCCGUCUUCGUUACCUGAUUCACAGAACGGCAGAGAGCUUUGAUUCCCUGAGCACGUUCUCAGUGGGGGAGGGCUGGAGCCGCAGAGCUGUUGUCUGUCACGCUCACCUCAGGGUAGUACUGGAUGAUUCUGCGGACACAGACUCCAGUUUAUAUGACAGAUCCCCAGUAGCAACUAAAUCUGUGGAUCCUGUGAAAAAUAAUCAGCUUCUUGAGGGAAGACAGACCAGGCGCAAGAAACGGCCGGACAAGGCUGUCUACAUUUGCAAGGCCAUGCGUGAUAAAACAGCCCAGGGGAUCCAGAGUGACGGUGCCAAAGCUGUGAGCAAGAAUAAGCUGGACUCUUCUGGUGCCAGUUUGAGCACUUCUGAGGACUCCUUUGCUGAAACAGAGGGGCUCCCGGAUCAUGGGUUGAAAUGCACAGCAGACUACAACAGAAAUGCCCAAACUGAGAACAUAGCAAAGACCAGUCAUGAUACGGCAUCUCCCGGCAUUGACAAAUCACCCAGUGAGCUGGAGGCACUUCUUCCCUCUGCCAGACUGAAUCACAAAAACUGGGUUCCUGCUUGGGAUCAGACUGUUUCCUAUUUUGUUGCAUUGUCUAUAGAUGACCAGCAAGAAGACAGAAGCAACACAACAUCUCACCCUACUUGUAAGGCACAAGUGGAAACCACAGAAGACUUCAGAGUUGUUAUAAAUGAGAUCACUGCAAACCUGAAAGAACCAGACAUAACCAUUGAGAGAGCCCAGAAUGAAUACUCUUGUUACGCAAAUGUGUGGAUUGACCCAGAAGAAUUUGGUCAUGUUAUAGAAAUAUACGACUUUCCAGCAGUACUUACCACUGAGGACCUGCUAGAUGCAUUUGCAGAAUUCAGCAAGGGAGGCCUGAAGAUCAAAUGGGUUGAUAACACUCAUGCACUUGGUGUUUUUUCAAGCCACUCAGCAGCCUUGCAGGCUCUCACCAUUCAGCAUCCUUUGUUGAAGACACGUGCUUUGUCUGAAGCAUCCAAGAAGUCGAAAGGGAAGGCUUUAAGGGGCGCAGAGUUUAUUCAGCCAGUGAAGGAAAGACCACGCACAGAUACUGAAGCAGCCAGAAGGAUGGUGACCAGAGCACUGGGCUUACAGAAGCGAAGUGUCCGCAGCUAGCGCCGCUGAAGUUUGCUGAAGUUAUCACACAAGAUCAAGAUGCUGGAAUUAGAAAACUGACUGAAGAUUUAGCCACUGACAAUACCAUGAAGAUUUUGACCAUUCAGAAGAGUUAUUCCUCUCAUCUAAACUGUUUUUGUUUUUCAGUCCUAAAAAACAUCAAUAAAAACUCCCUGUAGAUUUUUUCCAAAA